AUGGCGGCGAUAUUGUCAACAAAGAAUCGAGGUAAUAAUCGAUCGCUGAUGAUCGCAUAUCGUCAGUGGGUGACAACUGUUGGGAAGUUUCACCGGUCGGCCGGUUUGUCGGAGAUGGAUUGCGUUCCGGUGAAAAAGGCCGCCGAAUCACGAAACCAUCAAUUUGGAGGCGCACAAGUUUACAAGGAACACCCGUAUGUCUCGUUGAGGAAACUAACAUGUUCUGUCAGUAAUCCACGUAUUGGACCUUAUCCGAGUCCAAUCGGCAUGGAAGCGCUUGUUAGAAUCAAGGUCGCAUUUGCAUCAAAUCCGGUAUGGUCAUCAAAAAGUGGCUCUUUGGUAGUGAUUGGCAACGACGGUAUCAUGACGGAAUACACGCUGUCCAUAUCCCCAAGCCCAACUGCUGCUUCAAGCACAACGUCAGCUGCAACGCAGCCACGACCAAAUCCUGACGAAGCAAUGAUUCAGUGUACUCUAACGCCUGGCGCUCAGUGGACUUUGCAGAGGUUUUUUAACACAUUGUUGCUUCACCACAGGCAUUGGGCGAGUACUGCACCUGAAAUUUUUGGAUUUCGUCACUUCAGCAGUUAG